CUUUUGCCUUAUUCAAAACGUUUCUUUGAUAUGCGUGUUGCAAUGGAUACAGAACUAUAAACAAUAUAUUCAUUAUUUAUAGAAAGUCACAAUAUAUAUAUUCAAUUUGCCUUGCAACAAAGCUCUCAAAAAUGGAUGGUGAUUUCGAACUUGAAAAAAUACGACAGGAAAUCCAGCAAGAAAAGCAAAUGAAAGAAAUGUUGGAGCAAUCUGCAGCUGAGUUGAGAGCUACUGUAGAAGAACUAGAGAACAGAUAUGAUACAGUUGACAAUGAAGGAAAUGAGUGGAAAACCAGGUAUGAAACUCAAACAGAAAUAAAUGAACAGCUUGAAAGACAAAUACUGAAUUUACAGAAUAAAGUACAGGAAGCAAAAUCUAAUCUUAAAGAUGUUCAGUACAGUGUAAAAGUACGAACUAGAGCAGGUAGGAACUUACAGUCCCGUUCAAGUAUGAUGAGUAAUUCUAUUCAAGGUUCUGGGUCAAUAGCUGACUCCAAACCUGGAUCAGCAACAACAAAAUCAACAGGAAUUGAAAUAAACAUUGCAUUUAGUCCCAGAGAAGCGGGUAAAACCCCUAGAGAUAUGAAUAGAUUUGAUGAUUUAUCUGAUGCAAAUCCACAUAUGAUAAGAAUGUUGGAAAAAGAAAAACAGAUGUUGUCAAGUCAACUGAGAGAUUUGGAAUGGAGAUUAGAUCAGGAGUCAAAGGCCUAUCAUAAAGCAAAUGAUGUGAGACGAAAUUAUCAAAAUGAGAUCAGUUCAAAGAAAUUCCAAGCAUAUCAUAAAGCAAAUGAUGAACGAAAAACUUACAACCUAGAGAUAAAUACCACAAAACAUCAACAUGGUGAAAUGUCAUCUCGGCAAAGAGCAAUGGGGAGCCGAGAACAGUUGGACACUAUAUCAGGUUCUAGGACUCCAAGAGACUUGAGUCGGAACAGCAGAAAAAGUGGAAGUCAUGGUAGCUUAAGUAAUAUACCAGAAGAUCAAAGAAUUAUAGAUCCAAAAAGAGGCCCCAUUAAAAAGACAGCUGGAGUGAAAAAUUUGCCAAGUUUAGAAAUGACAUAAGUUAAAUGUGCUAACUUUUACAGUCUGUACGCAAUUGCUGUUCACUAAGGACAUCACAUGAUCAUUUCAUUAGAUAUUCAUAUUUAUAUGUACAUAACAAGUUUGUCUCGCCAGAGUUCAGAAUGCAAGACCAUAGGGAUUACAAUCCAAUAGAAGUAUAAAGAACGUGCACAAAGAUUUAUAUUUCAGAGGGUACCUUGUAUGUAGAUGCCUUAUGUUACAAAUUUUCACCAAGGACAUUUUAUAAGUUAUUUUAUUUUAAUUUAACCUAUUAAAUGCAUUGUUAGGAUAAGUUAGUGUAAAAAAAAAAUCUUUAAUGAAAAUUGUUGUGUUUUAUCAAUGUACCGAUAACCAUAUAUAUAUGUUCCGGACCAUAUGAGUAUUUGGACCAUAUGGGUAUAUACUCAUAUGGUCCGACCAUACGCGUAUGGUCCAACCGUACGCGUAUGGUCGGGGUAAUUAACACUCUGUUACAGUUUACUUUAAAUACGUCUCAACUCUUCAUAUGGUAUGACUGUAUACUGUAUGAUUCAAAAGACGCUAUCAUAUAGGUUAUUUUAUAUUAAUUUUCAAAUAGUUAAUUUUAUUUACUUGUGAAAACUAUAAUAAACACAUUUUAUACCAAUGGUCAUUGCCGAUAGUCAUUACCGAUGGUUAUUACCGAUGUGUUAUAACGAGUUAAAGCCAAUAUGUCGACUUAAAAAAAUAUUUCAAAAAAUUUCUUGAUGAACUGUUACACAAGAAGUCAAUUGAAAGUAACAUAGUUUAUUUAAGUUGUCUCGUAAAUAUGGUGCAUUGCAGUCGUGUUACGAUAUUUGAGAUCUAGAGCUUCUUAAAACAUCGUAGAUAUCUCGGAAUGGCCCAAGACCUCGGUAUGAAUGUACGCAGCUGCAAAAAGGCUUACUUUUUCAUUCGCAAGCAAAAGAUGUAAAUGAAAAGGAUCGUGCACAACAAGGACUAGUAAAUGCAAAAAAAGCUAUGAUACCGUGUGGAAGUAAGUGUCACCUCAAGCCUACAUGCAAGAAUAUAAUUAGCGAUGAAAACUAACUAGGGCAUCAAUAUUUAAUUUUUACGUAGUCUUUAAAAUUAAUACAUUUCAUGUAACCAUCAUUGCUUUUUAGAUAGUUUUUGAAUUGAUACGUUUAUAAUGUUAUUUGAAAAAAAAAUACCUAUAUGGUCAAAAUACUCAUAUGGUCCGGCCCGUUAAUAACCAAACGAGUAUUAUACUCCUAUGGUCCGACCAUACGCGUACGGUCGGACCAUACGCGUAUGGUCGGACCAUAUGAGUAU